AUGCAAGAAUACAUAUCAAGGCUUCGUCGCGCGCAAGAAAUCAGAGUCCUUGAGAAAGCUCAAACACGAGCGGCAACAGUUGCAUUUCGCGAUGACAUGCUCAUGUCUAGUCCCCCGAGUUGCUCUGCUGCAGACUUCAAGAGGCCACGCCUCCGGCGGUGCCUGUUUGAUCCGGCCACUAUUGAUUGGACCCAUUCCUCACACGUUGGUGGUGGGCUCGAUAGACACAUCUGGAAGGUUUGGUUCGGAGCGCAUGGCCUUUAUACCCUCGAGGUGUUCUGGGAUGCCAAUCAGCCGGACUUUCAUCACUACUUUGCCGCCCAGAGGGAAUGCCAUAAUGCUGCCCUUCCUCAAAUGCUCGAGACAGCAAUUUAA